AUGGAUGUGAAGCCUGAUCAUUGUCUUCGCAUUUUGUUCCGCCUCUUGCAGGAUUCGUUGUGGUUGCGACCACGAAGCGUGCCCACCAUAGACAACUUGACUCUGGCGGCCUAUCAAGAGCAGUACGAGGGCCAACUCCCGGUUGUCUGGCGGGGCGCGUAUCAGAACCUGAGUUGCUUGGAAGAUGGUUGGAUUGAGAAGGCUGUCAUGAAGCCCUUUGGGAAGGAGCGGGUGGUUUUCGUGGGUUUCGGCAAAGGCGAAGAGCGCGUCAUGUCUGCCAAGCUUGAAACGUUUCUCAGUCACAUCAACAAAAACACCCAGGAGGCGUGGUCAUACAUACAGGAUGACCAUUUUCUCCGAAGACAUCCCGAGCUCAUGUGGGAGUGUCCCCCCAUGCCUGCAGAGCUCCAGAAAGAGGAUUUGUUUGCCUUGGCACCCGCAAGAUUCGCCCCACAGAAUGCAACUUUGCUUUGGGGCGGACGUUUUUCCAGGUCAAGACUUCACGUGGAUAACUACAAUUGGACUGGAACAAACCUGGUCCUGCGUGGAGAGAAGUUCGUGCGACUGAUUCCGCCAGGAGGCCACGAUCACCAUCUAAAAGUUACAAUUCGAUCUUGUGGUUCUGCGCUGGAGUGCGUUAACUAUGAAGCUGCCGCUGACCUGUUUGAGGGCGCCCCGCAGGGCGUGCCGAUAUGGGAAGCGAAAUUGACUUCUGGAGACUUGCUUCUGAUUCCUUCUGGCUGGUGGCAUCAAGCGGUGAACCUUGGCAACACUUUGGCGCUGGCAAGUGGGCUCAUCACACCGCAAAGUGGCUCUUGGUCGGCAGUGGCUGAAGUGGUGAAGUACCACCACAAGGUUCAUCCGAAUUGGACGUGGGGAAGGUUACCAUCGCCUCCCGCUCCUAAAACAAAGCUGCCGAAGGAUGAAGCAACGCGGAUUUUUCGCAGGUUUAUCAACUCCCUUCCCGAUGGCGCGGUCAAGGCUGCAGAAAAGUGGCAUGCAGAAGCAAGGAAGCUGCGACGAAGCCAUCGUCGAUCUAGAAAAGUAGAAUUGUGA